UGUUUAGAGAGAAGUUUAAUGGCAUAUACAGGAAGGAAGAGGUGAGCUUUGGAAAUACUUUGAGGAUUUCAAGAGAACUGUUUCAUAAAAGAGGAAAGAGGCAGGCAUUGAAAAACUUUGAGGAUUUAAAGGAAACUUGAUUGGUCUAUUAGCUAAACUAUUUCAUCAGCAUUGAGAGACUUCUCUCAGUUUCUGACGAUCAAAAUGAGCCAGCUGUACUUAUCCAGUGUUAAGGACUUAAAGUGCAUGGAGGACAUAACACGGCUUGUGCAAGAGGGAAUUUUGUCCCUGUGUAACACCUGUACAGCCCUCUUUGAUGCACAUGUUGAUCCAGCCACUGACCUGUGCUCCAAUUUUAAACAAAUCAGGCGACACAUCAAGUAUGCGGAUCGAUGCUUGAAGGAGUCAGAGGGAAAACUGAAAGUAAAACUGAAAAGUUUAGAAAAAUGCAUGGAACGACUUAUCGCAGAGAAACAGCAUGUUCAGCAAGAGAAAAAAGAGAAAAGCCUGGCCAUUGAAGAAUUACGCAUAAUGAAGUCAUCUACUAAAGAAUCAUUAAGCAAUUCUAAAGCAGAGUUGAAACAAGCAGAAAAAAACAAAGAGGCGGCAGAAUAUGAGCAAGAAAAAAUGAAAAAAUUGAUGACCACCGGUAUGUGGAUUACAGUUGCAGGGGUGGUCAUUACUCCAGUACCAAUUAUUGGGUGGUUAACUGGUCCACAGAUGAUGUGUGAUGGAGUAAAUACAAUGAUGGAGGCUUUACAUGCCAUCGAUGAUGCUAUCAAGGAGCAAGAAGAGUGCCAGUCCCAAAUAAAGAAGCAUUCACAAAAAAUCCAGGUCUACAACAGGAGAAUCUCUGAAACACAGGAUGAGAUUGAAGAGACUAUUGAAAUGCUCAGUAAUAUUCAAGGCUAUAUUAAAUGGCUGCAGCAGCGUCUAGCGGCCAUAGCUGAAAUUCAGAAAAAAUUCAGGACAGCUGUCCACUUUAUGGGAAUUCUUAGUGGGAGGGUCAAUGUAUUGGAGAGUCACACUCGAAGUUGCAUUUACUGGGAGCCUGUGAUAAAAAUAAUGCAAGAUGUGGGGAAUGCAGUAACAGCUAUUGCAAAUAAUGAGCUCCUCUAUAAUCAGGAUGUAUCGCGUCUCAUAAAUAGACUGAGUAAGAAAAUGAAAAAACUAGAGGCUUUAUGCAACACACCCGACAAUUCUGAAUAUGUUUGCUAUUAUUGAGACUCACCUCCCACUUUUUAACCCCACUUCAUAUGUUACAUCAACAGCAUAAAACAAUAAACUCAUUUUUAGUUGUCAAUUUAGUUCAGCUUUACUUUAGCAACUCAAAUAACAGGCAUGUACUUUAUGAAUUAUUAAUAAAGUAUUACU